UGUUUUGAAUGUUACCUAACUUUAUCCAAUCAAAACAUUUGCUUAAUUUUUUCACACUUAAUAGAACCAAAUCAUGGCUGGAGUCUUUCGAUUCGGUGUGGUCGGAAUUAUCAAUAGGACAUCAUCCAAGCCACUGGCUAAGGCUACCAUCCCUUGUAUCAUCCAGUCUUGUAAUAUUUCGGGAAAAAUUAUACGAGCAACACAAAAUAUCGUGAAACCCAAACCCUAUCCAUACAAAACAAAACCUUAUGGAUUAUCUCAAGCUCUUUUUGAUAGAACAAUGAAAAGAUUAGAUGAGAAUUCAAAGAUGAUUGUCGUCGAGGGUCCGAUUGCUGCAGGUAAAAGUGCAUUUGCUAAAGAACUUGCAGACGAUCUCGAUAUGCUCUACCUUCCUCAACCAACAAUGGAUACGAUUUAUAUCAACGAGUAUGGUUACGACUUGCGUCAACUCGAUCCUCAAUUACCUGAAAGUUGUAAAAGUUACGACGUUAAAAAUUUCUGUCUAGACCCAAACGGCUUGAAUGCUGCUAACUUUCAAAUUCGUAUGCUGAUAAUUCGUUACAUGAAUUAUGUUGAUGGCUUAGCACAUAUUCUGUCAACUGGUCAAGGUGUUGUGACCAACCGUUGCCCAUUUUCUGACUUCAUUUUCGUCGAAGCAAUGCAUAAACAUGGAUACAUGUCAAAAGGCGCUCGUUCUGUUUAUUACGAUCUUUGUGCUAACACUAUGACGGAAAUUCUGAAGCCUCAUUUGAUCGUCUAUCUUGAUGUGCCUGUUUCGAAAGUCAAAGAAAACAUCAAGAAACGUGGCGUUGACUAUGAAGUUAAAUCGAAAGUUUUUACUGAUGCUUAUCUUAAUGAUCUUGAAUCGUUUUAUAAGCAACGAUAUCUGAAAGAAAUCACACAACACUCAGAGUUACUUGUCUACGAUUGGUCGAAUGGCGGUGAGACAGAAGUUGUCGUUGAAGAUAUUGAACGUAUUGACUUUGAUCGUUAUGAUCAACACGAUCCAAAAUUAAAGGAUUGGCGUUUAGGAAAUGAUUGGGAAUGGUGCGAAAUGAGAAUGCGUUUCACAAAUGAAAAAGGUGAGUUGAUGAAUUUCUUCAACGUUCCACGUUUCGAUGUUCCUGAGCUCACAAUUGAAGCAGAAGAUUCAAAAAUCUACGAAGAAAUUUGGGACAACGCACCAGGCAACAGAUAUUUGAAAGGAUAUAAUAAAGAAAUGGGAGACACUGGAAUUCUUUUCAAGAAUAAAACUCCCACUUACUCUUAAUUUAAUACAUUUAGAAGACAAACAAAUGGUUAUGUUCGUUCCCUUCUCCCAUCAGAAGAAUGAAUAAAAAAAAUUAACAAAAAAGUUUAUUGUAAAUUAGACGACAAAUUCAUUGUUUCUGUUUUUAAAAAGUUCCUCGUUCUCUUUCAGCUUUUCUUUGGAAGUAUCGUUGAAGAGCUUCAUCAAAAACUUCACCAACAGUUCGCUUUUUCCAAAUAUCAAUUUUUUGUUUAGGUUCUGCUAAUUCUUGUUCUGCUUCGUCUUCUUUUUUUAAUUCUGGUUCAUUUUCUUCAUUUUUCAUAUCUGCAGAUACUUUUUCUUCUUUUAAUGUAGCUGGUUCUUGUUUCUGAAUUUUAUUUGUUUCUUUUUUGUCAUUUUCAUCUUCACUCGAACUUGAAUCUAUACUGAAGUCGCUGUCAGCAUCAAGAUUACACGAUAAAUGAGCUUUUUUAUCAUUUGCAUUUUGAGCUGUUUCAGAAACUUCAUCUUUGUCACUUUCAUCAUCAUUUAAAUCAGCAGAAGAUUUUCUCUUUCGAUAAUUUUUCUUUUUACCAGAUUCAGCAGAGACAGGAUCAGCUGCAAUCUUCGAUUUUGAUUUAUUUGCAUCUUCUGGGGCCAUUUUUUGUUCAUAAAUAUGACGAUAAAAUCCUGACAAAUCUUGUUGUUUAGUGACAUCGCCAAUAUUUUCAAGGUAAGCUUCACGUUCCUCAGCUUUUUCGGCUUCUUUCAUCUCUUCAAGUUUCUUUCGAUACGAACUUGUUACAAAUGAUUCUUUGUCUUUGUACAUGUUUCCUUCAGCUUCUCUUUCUUUCUGAACUUGUCUUUCAAUUCUUCUUUCAUGUUCCUUCUUACGUUUAUCAGCUGUUUCAAGUAAUUUUGCAAUAUAUUUGGGUGUUUUUGCAUCAGAAGUCUUUUUUGCAAGUUUCUCUUCUUUUCUUUUCUGCUCCAUUUCAUCAUAAACUUCAUCGUAUUGAAAAAUAUUGGGAUCCUCAGCAAGAGCUUCUUGUUGAAGUUUUAUCGCUUGCUUUUUGAGAACAGCACUAGAAUCAAUUGUACGUGGCUUCUUAACAGGUGCAUCUUCAUCGCUAGAAGAAUCUCCAAAGAUGUUUUUUACUUUCGUUGUUUCCUUUUUCGAUUUGUCAGGUUUGAUGAG